CUCGCAGGGCUGUCAUCGGGGACAAGGAGACAAGCCGGGAGCGGCGGGAGAGCAGGGCCGGCGCCUCUUCCGAAUGCACCUGGCCGCAGCUCCCGGGCUUGGCGGAGGAGGCGGAGGCGAGCGGCGGCGUUGAAAGGGACUCGGCAGCCCGGCUCCUCGGCGACGGCAAGGCGCGCAAGAGAUGCCCGCGGCAGGACUCGCAGCUCUGCUCGGCUCCAAAGGUCCUCCGGUUGGAGCAGCAGCACCGCGGGCGCUUGCGGCGAUGGAGCCUCGCCGCUGCGCUUAGGGGCCAGGAGAUGCAAGGCGCAGCGCCGGGCAGCCUUAGACCCUGGACUCCAUGCGCGUCUUGGCCCGGGAGCUCCGCCAUGGGGAGCCCACUCUGGCACCUGGUGUUGCUAGGCGCCUCUGCCCUGGCUGCAGGACUGAGCAGUGUUGUUGAAGCUGGAUCCCACUGUGAGAAAGCAUGCAAUCCUCGAAUGGGAAAUUUAGGAUACGGGCGUAAGUUGUGGACAGAUACAAAGUGUGGGGACAACUCCACAGAGUUUUACUGUUCCUACAGUGAGAAUGCAGACUUCAUAUGCAAGCAGCCUAAGUGUAGCAAAUGCAACUCCAAGCAUGCCCAUCUGGCUCACUCACCCUCUGCCAUGGUUGACUCACCCUUUCGGCUGCCAUACACAUGGUGGCAAUCAGCACAGGGGGUGAACAGGGAGAAGAUCCAAUUGAACUUGGAAACUGAGUUUUAUUUCACUCACUUAAUCAUGGUGUUCAAGUCACCAAGACCGGCAGCCAUGGUCUUGGAGCGAUCUCAGGAUUUUGGGAAAACAUGGAAACCUUACAAAUAUUUUUCCACUAACUGCUCAGCAGCUUUUGGGCUGGAUGAUGAUGUAACCAAGAAAGGAGCAAUUUGCACUUCUAGAUACUCCAGUCACUUCCCCUGCACUGGAGGAGAGGUUAUAUACCGAGCUCUGUCACCACCCAAUUCUGCUGAUGAUCCUUACAGUCCUGAAGCUCAGGCACAGUUGAAGAUCACUAACCUUCGCGUGCAGCUGCUUAAGCAACAAUCCUGCCCUUGCUAUAGCAAUGACAUGAAUGCAAAACCUCCAGAACUAACCUACUAUGCAAUCUAUGAUUUUAUUGUAAAAGGAAGCUGCUUUUGUAAUGGUCAUGCAGAUCACUGUGUGCCCAUCAAAGGAUUUAAGCCUGUUAAAGCAGCAGGAGUCUUCCAUGUGGUCCAUGGAAGGUGCAUGUGCAAACACAAUACUGCAGGAACGCAUUGUCAACAUUGCGCUUCUCUCUACAAUGACCAGCCAUGGCAAGCGGCAAAUGGCAGAACAGGAACUCCAAAUGAAUGCAGAUCCUGUAAGUGCAACGGGCAUUCUGACUCUUGUCACUUUGACAUGGACACAUGGCUGGCAUCAAGAAACCAAAGUGGUGGGGUGUGUGACAACUGUCAACACAAUACAGAAGGGCAGCACUGCCAGCGUUGCAAACCAGGCUACUACCGAGACCUCAGAAGACCCUUUUCUGCCCCAGAUGCCUGUAAAUUGUGCUCCUGCCACCCUGUUGGAUCAGCUGUGCUUCCCUUUAGCAAUAGCACCUUCUGUGAUCCCAGCAACGGUGACUGUCCCUGCAAACCUGGAGUGGCUGGUCCUCAGUGCGAUAGGUGCAUGGUAGGAUACUGGGGCUUUGGAGAUUAUGGCUGCCGAGCAUGUGAUUGUGCAGGAAGCUGUGACCCACUAAAUGGAGACUGCAUCAAUAACAGUGCAAACAUAGAUUGGUACCAUGAAAUCCCUGGCUUUUAUUCUCCCUAUAACAAAAGUGAACCAGCAUGGGGGUGGGAGGAUGAACAAGGAUACUCUGCCCUUCGACAUUCAGGAAAAUGUGAAUGUAAAGACCAAGUUUUAAGAAAUUCCAAGAUCUUCUGUGGCAUGAAAUAUACAUAUGUGCUGAAGGCAAAGAUUUUAUCUGCUCAUGAUAAAGGCUCCCAUGCUGAGGUCAAUGUGAAGAUCCAAAAAGUACUGAAAUCUACAAAGCUUAAGAUUUUACGAGGGAAGCGGAUUCUGUACCCAGAAUCAUGGACUAACAGAGGCUGCACUUGCCCAGUACUUAAUCCUGGUUUGAAAUAUCUUGUGGCUGGAUAUGAAGAUGUUCAAGCAGGCAGACUGAUAGUCAAUAUGAAAAGUUUUGUCCAGCAGUGGAAACCAGCUCUGGGGAAAAAUGUCUUGGAAAUUUUAAAAGAUUGUAGCUGAAAGUGCCAAACGGGGCAUUUGUUUAUGCACAAAAUGCAAACGCUAUAGAAAGAAGACUCUCAAAAUGAAAACUGGAAUGGAAAGGAAUAGUGCCAAGUAUGUGUGGAGGUAUUCAAAGUCACAGCCUUUCACUUUGAUUCUUAAACACUUUGGUCCCAAUUGCAACACUUAUGUAUAAACAGUGUUUGUGGGUGAAACCCUCACAAGAUAAGCAGAGCCCCCACCCACCCAAUAGCUCCAGCUGAUUGUAUAGGGGGAGUAGAGGUCUUGUAAUAAGUGAGUCCAACAAAAGCCUGUGCAUGCAUAGCUGCACUUCUGCAGUUCUCCUACCCAUAUUCACCUUUCCACCAAUCAUCUAUUUGGUUGAGUAAAAGGGUCUCUGUGGGCAGAACUGCAUUCACAGACCUUGUCUGUAUUAGACUAACCUGCCUGGGAAUAAGUUUCGUUUAUUCAGCAGAAUAUGGCUUAUGUCACAGCCAUUAAAUUAAAUCUUUAUAGACAAUACUGCUUUAGGGUCCAGCUGUACAAGUGUUUUGUUUAACCCCCCCCCCCCACGUUAAAAUAUGUGGGACUGGCACCAACUGAAGAAUCUGAAAAUUGGAACCCCAUUCUCAUGUUCUUUGGGAAGAUAAAUAUACACUAGUAAUGGACAAAAGGACUACCAAUUUAGAGAGAAGGAAUGGUAUGUGGGGUUUUUAAUAUUGGUAUAUUAAAACUAAGAGGAAGGUUUUGAUUAAAUGUCUACUGCAAAUCUCUAGAAGUAUACAUGUAUGGAAAUAUCACCAAUAUCGGUGGGGAAACUCCAUUGGAAAACAUAUAAAGUCAGUAAUACGUAAUAACUAAUUAGGGCAUGCAUUUAACCAACAGGGCUCUGUGGGACAUCCCUAAAAAGGAGUUAAGGAGAUGUUCAUUUGGGGCACUUAAAAAGAUUCUGGAUAAAAUUUUCUAGUCAGUGAAACCAAGGGGAAUAUGUUGCAACAUCCAAGUUGGACUCUGGUUUGUUUUUGAGCCAGCACAGAUGAAAGUAGAACCUAUCCUUUCAUCAAAAUUUUGGUUUUAAGAAAAGACUGGUUCCAUAAGGUAUAAAUGGGAACACUUCUAUUUUAUGAGGUAUUAUACACAUGUAUGCAUUUGAUUGUAUAAAGCACUUUAUUGCCUGCCCCCUUUCAGUGUGAAAAUUCUAAUACUGUAUUGUUGGGGAACAGAGGUGGCACAGGAAAAUGAAUAUUGGAACAGAAGCACUCCACGACUAUAAAGGAUAAAAGGAAUAGUUUUCAUUCAUUUAUGCCAAUGGCCACUCAGUAAAGUUCAAGGAUAAUUUUUUUGCAAUUAAUAUAUUUCAGAUGAAGUCCUAACUUCAGACUAAUGGGUUAAUUCUAUAAAUAUCAGCUAUGAUGAGACUGUAUAUACCACCAAAAGAGGAAACAAGGAUGGGGGGGGGGAUGCUUUUUGAAAUGUCAUGGACUUGUUCAUAAUUCAAGCUGGCUUUGGCCUUUGUUUUAUAAUAUUUAAACUCGAGCAGCAAGUUUCUUUCUUUCUGUUUCUACACAGAACUUUCAAAAUUGUGUAAAUUUAUGGAAUAUCAAUGCCAUAUUCAUCACUAGAUUCUAUACUUCUCUGGUAAACAGACACAAAAUAUAUCCCAUUUAUAUACAUUAAAAAAUAAAGGAAGAGCUACUAUACCAUUGAAAUAACAACACUUCACUGAUCCAUGGUUCAUAGGUAUGUUUUCUAUUGUGGUCCUGUGGAUUCACAGAAAUGUUACUGUUUUGAAAUUUUGUUUUUAUAUUUUAUGUAUAUAAUAAAUAUACUAUGAUUCCAAAUAA